AUGGAAGGCGAUCAAGUACUUCUUAGAUACUAUGUCUUCGUGAUAGGGAUCUUUACUACACUUCCAAGUAUUUCUAGAGGUAACACUCUAACCUGUGUUCAAGCAGUCUAUAUUUUUAGUAGUCUGGCCCCUUUGGAAAAAUUUUUUUUUUUCGGUACAUUCCUAAAGCUACCAUUUUUUCCUUUUGUCUUUUGAACAGCUUUCAGCCAAGGUUCCGUUAACAACUUUGUCUAUGUCAACUUCAUGAUCAGUGAAUUUUCCUACCUCAAUAUCACAAGUAUUGGACGGAAUCUCAUUGAAGAAGAAAACGAUUGUGGCUACACCUGUUUAGAAGAUUCCUCAUGUUUUUCCUACAACUUGGCUGCCUUCCCUGAUGUCAACGGCAAACUUCUGUGUGAACUCCUCCCAUCGGACAAAUAUAACAACUCGGAUACGUUCAACGCCAGCGAAGAGUUUCAUCAUUUUUAUAUUCCGGUGAGUCAAACUACAGCUAACUACUUAUUUAUCACAACUUUUUCAUUUGAAAGAUAAUAAAUGACCCUCUCAUUUGUCUCCCUAGUUAUGAGUUUCGGAAGUUAGCAUUUGUAAAUAAGACACGUAUCUCUUUGCUUGGAGAAUCAGUCUCCAACUGAUGCACUGAUCGAACUGUACUUCAAAUGCAAAAGAAAACAGGUUUGCUAGGGAAUUCGCCUUUAAGCCAUGAAAAAAGGGGGGGAUGGAAAAAAAAAAAAAAAAAACGCCAAGAGCGUUUUCCAGUGGUAAUACGCCUGCCUACUUCUAAUGAAACAAACGCUGACAUACUUCAUGAAAUUAAAAUUGCUAUUACCUUCGAAUGUCAGGCAGGUUCAAAUAAUCUUCCAAACAAAAUAUUUGCCUUGAGAACUACUCAAAGUUCAAUUAUACAUCUUAUUGUUUUAGCCUUCGGCGCCAUUAACUUGCAUUGAUACACCUGUCUUAUCGCAAUCUGACCGAUAUACUAUCCCUUAUUUCUCCCACAAAAAUUGUCCAAAUUAUUUUCUAUCGUGGAACAAAAUUGUCAUCAGCACAAGGUCUUGAAAUUCGGUGGUAUGGCCACAAAUUUAGGUCAUAAAACAGAAUUCAGGUCUGAGCCCUGUCUGAAUUCACGUCUGAGCCCUGUUUAAAUAAGCUGUGGUAAAAUAUAUUGUACGCCGCUGUCGGUUCUUAAUAAUUAAUAAAUUGACAUCACUGAAUAUAGGAAACAAAAUAAAAGGAGAAGAAGAAACUAAUUAAAAUUCAAGCGAACUUGUAUUUCAUAACUUAAUAGAUUUACAAUAGGAUGAAGGGUCAGUUGUUAACCUCUUCUAAUGACUACAAGAAAACUACUCUUGUUUUCUUUACUUAAAGUGAACUAAGACCAGGUUAAUUUAAUUCCAUUAUGAUAAAAUCACAGUGUGUCUCUUGUCCCGCUUAUAGUUGAUAUUACCAUUAUAGCAACACAAAUAAGCUACUCGAAUACACACUUAAUACAGCAAAUUCGUAUUUCUGGCGGCUUGUUGAAAAAUAAAACAACCUGUGAGACCAAAGGGGCUUAUUCGCUGUAUAGUGUUUGUCUUUCCUGUUUGAUAUUGCUAUUUAUAAAAUAACUGAGAUAGUACGCGUGAUCUGAUUGGUCAAAAACCUAUGGUUUAUUAUACUGGUAAACCCAUAGAGAGCAUAGAAAAAGGCAUCUGGGCCACGAGCCAUAAACAAAACCGGCUAUUGAUCUGCAAACAAUGAAUUUAGAAAUGCUAAAAAACAGAACAAGUUACUUACCCAGCACCUCUUAAUAUCAAAAGCAUUGGUUUCCACAUUUUAUUACUGCCAUAGCUUUAGAAGUAAUAAAGCACAAAGCUGGAAAGCAGUAUAGAUUUCACGACGAUGCCAAAUCGCAGAGAAAGACAACAACUGUGUGAAUUUCUGGUGUAGAACGUCGGGGGCACCCAACGUCAAUUUUCGGAAAAUAUCUGUUCGGAAGACGAUUUGACAUCUAGAAUUUUCGGAACAUUUGUUCUAAAAUUUCUUGCUUUCCUGCCUCUCCUAAGAUUUUCGAACAUCUAAAAAAUGGUAUAAUUUCCCAUUUUUAACGGAUUUUUACCCUAAAAAGGUCACCUAGAAUUUUCGGGAAUCUUUUUUUUUGGCUGAAAUUUUCGAAAAGGUAAGUUUUAAUCCCUAUAAUUUUCGGAUCACUAGACUUUCAGCUAGGAAAUCCGAACAGAUGAGAAAUUUUUAGGGGAUAAAAAUAUGCCUAUAUCUACCGUUUAAAUACUAAAAUACGUUUAACAAUGCUAUGUUUAAGUGGUUUUGAACUAUAUUCUCGUUGGGUGCCCCCGGAACGUCUCCAGGAAAACUUAACCAUGCCCCAACCAGCAACAAAACGGAUAGUUUUAGCAUUCCUGAUUUAUUUUAUGUCAAAAUUAAUUUCCGGAAUGAAAGAAAUUGUUCCAAAAAGAGAUCUCUGAUCAAGAUAUGGUACAAAAUCGGCCGCUGUAGGUUGUAAACAAAACUGCCAACGAUGAUGAAAGAUGUCAGAGUUUCGGGCUGGUUUUUUCCAACAUUUGCACAAAUUAUUCGCUGAUAUCGAUGCCAUAACCUACCUCAAACCACCUGACUUUACAAAUCGACAAAUAUUAACGCCAAUAUGUGGCUACGGCAAAGAAACCUUUCUCCCCGCUCUGUAUGUUGUUGGUCAAUAGCUUUCUUGCUAAUUGUGUAGCUCUUUGAAAUAUACCGACCCUUAAUGAAGAUUCUCACACAUAUUCCAUAUGAUAGGCGAGAUAAAAACAGGAAACGCAAGGUUCCAUGCUCUGAUUCAGUUCGAUUCAAACAGCUUUGAUCAAAACAUUCUCAGUUUUGAGAAUAUUUUAUGUUAAACCACAAAAAAGAAAAAAGAAAAGUUGGAAUUUUUCGCUUUUUCUCUUUCACCUACCGCGUUCUAGCCUCCCACGCAGACGUUCUUAGGGGUUCGUCACGCGUUCCUGCCCCGCGUUCUCGUCUUUUUGUUGUUGUUGUUGUUAAGUAUCAAAACAACAACAAAAAAAGUCUCGUUAGUUAGAAUAAGCCUCGCCCUAAUUUUGUCUAUUCAAUCCUUAUUAUUGAUUAGUCAGUUGCUCUGUAAGCAUCUGCGCAUUAAAGGAUAUUAAGUGUAAUUAUGACAUUCAGUAUAUAUAAUUACACGAGCUUAUUACAUGCUAACCGAAGAUAAUUUUAGCUUGUAACUGCGCUGAAUAUGAAAUUCAAAUUUCAGAUCAUUAGCGAUCAUUUUAGCUGUCGAGCAAAGUAGAAUCCUGAUGAAUUUUUGCAAGUGUUCACCGCUCAGUUCGUUCGCUUAGACACAGAUAUCACUAACAACAUUUUUGCUAGCUGAAAAGUAAAUAAAGUCCGGAAGAUUCAUCGAUACUUUGUUAGCGUUUUGAGUAAAUAAAACAAUUAUUCCACUCGCACUUGCUCCGUCUGAGAUGAUUAUAGCCAACCCAUAUCCAACAACCGGCAGGUGGAAUAAUUGUGUUAAGAAGGAAUCCAUCAGGAAAUUGAGUAAUUUUUAUUUUCAGUGGACAAAAGCCUUGAACCAGAAUAAUUUAAACAAUAUCGCAUUCUGCUUUUACCUUUUUAAAGGGCUAAAGAUGAAAUUAGUUAGACGUGUAAUAACACCAAAGAAAAUUUCUUAUGACAGCACGAGAAAAUAAAUGUCAAAUUUCACAAAAUGGCAUCUUACACAUGACAUUUUCAGAGUUUUACCUUUGUUUUCACAUUUUUUUUUUUGAAAAUUUGACAUUUAUUUAUAGGGCUCCCAUGAAAAAUAGUAUUUGUUGUUAUUACAGUUAACUAACUUGCAUUUAAAUAACCCGUGAAAAAUGUAAAAAAGAAAGCGAUUUUGUUUAAAUUAUUCUGGUACCAGGUUUUUUUGUCCACUAAAAAUUGAAAUUAUUCUAUUUCCUGAUGGAUUCCUUCUUAAUGCUACAUGUAACUAAAAGUUGGGGCUCAACUUGGCCGACGAAAGUCAAUAACUGAAUUUGCCGUAAAUUCAGCAUCUAGUCUAAUUUGGAUAAAUGUUAUGCGUCACGUUACUGGAUUUUUUGACUUUGACAUAAAAUCAUGGUCUUUACUUACAGCGGUAUCCUUUCCUUUCUGUAGUCUCCUUGUGACAGUUCGCCCUGUAAGAACACAGGUAAAUGUAUUUCGUUGUGCCAGGAAAAUGGAUAUAAGUGUAUCUGCGUGGAAGGAUUCACCGGAAAAGACUGCGAAACGAGUAAGAAAUAUAACUGAGUUGAAGCAAGGUUGCCGCUAAUAACACAAUCACAGGUGACACACUAUUAACGCACUUUGCAAGUGGGAACGGUUAUCAGCAUAAAGCUUUUGUACUGAUUUUAGGUAUUAUAUUAUUGACCUUUACUUCUUUGAGCUCACUAAAAUAAAAAAAAUCUAACUGAGAAGAUUUUGAAAUCUACCUUGAAAGAAAAGGCGACCGAUAAGUAUCACGUUGAACUUUUACUUUUCCUUCACGUUACCUGACCACAAAUUUUAAUUUCCCUGCUUGAUCGAUAAAGUGACUUAUUUAUAGACAGGCCUUCUCCAUCAACCUCUAGAACAACGUUUACAUUAAUUAGUUGUGUGUUUUGACUCUUGCUGAAGUCUGAAGCUAGUCUAAUGUACCUUGGCUGAAAGGUACAUAUCAUUUUUUUUCUUUUAAUAUCUUUGAUUCUCUCUCCUGCAGAUGUAAAUGACUGUGUCAAUAUUACUUGUUUGAACAACGGAACUUGCAUCGACCUAAUCAAUGGCUUCAACUGCAGUUGCCCUCCAGGAUUUGCCGGCAACCAAUGCGAAAUUGGUUAGAUACUUAUUGCUUGCUGCUAUUUGCAUUGCAUUUACGCCAAAACGCAACAUACUAUAUAUCCCGUUUAAACACUUAAUGUUCGACGCUGUUGAAUGCUGAUAACUAAUAAAUAUGGAUCAAUUUUAAUUUAAAUCCGAUCCUACAUGGAUCCUAUAUCAUGGACAUCAUCCGACAAAGUUAAUGUCAUAUUAUGUUAUACCAACAGAAGUUUUUAUCCGGAGGCUCUAGGGUCCGCUGGAUAAUUAUAUGUUUUGCAAUUUUAUUGACCUCAAAUUCCUCUUGGUCCAUGAAAAUGCCGAAAAAAAAAAGACUUGGCCAAUAAUAACGCAUUUAUCUUGGCCGAACAAGUUUGGUGAUUAACGCAUACAUAUUUAUUUGUCGUUAUUUUUUUAUUAUACCGUAAAAUUCCGGAAAUAAGCCCCGGGGCUUAUAUAUUUCAAAGGGCCUUUUUGAGGGGCUUAUUUUUGGAGGGGCUUAUAUUCGGAUGGGCUUAUCUACGGAGGGAAAUUUGCGUUUCAAAAUCAAUUAGGCUUACCUUAUAGUUAGAAGUAAGUUUACCAUUUUUGCUUUGUUUUACUUUGUAUUUAAGACCUCGUGAAGAUAAGACGUGCUGAAAUGUCAACGCCUAUCCAUCACUUCAAAAACUUCAAAGGAAUUGGGUACAACCUUUGGGAUCAGUGAUUUCUGGGAUCGUUUGGGUGAGUAAGAGUUAAUUAUGAUUGGUCGAUGGUAUUCAGGUCAACCAUUCACCAAUCAUAAGCAACGCUUGUUUACCUAAAGAUCUAGAAAUCGUUGCGCUAAGAGCUGGUACCCUUUGCCACUAUAGUUCCUUUUAUAGGGAAUUAGAUAAGUGCCAAAAGCAGCCCAAAAUUGUUUUACGCAAGUUGUAAUUUACGGUUGAAAUCCCCGUGCAAAUGGACGCAACAUUGUUGGAUGUUAAGUGCUAAAAUAGCGUCCGUUUGCACAUUCUGUUGUAUGUCGUUGGUCGUUGCCUGUUAUUGGAGAUCAUUGCGCAAAGUUUAAAGCCGAUCAAUCCAGCUGUCAAGAGCUUUAAGCCCCGUGCAAACAAACUCAAUAUUGUCGGCCAGCAGCUCCUAACAUUGUUGGGAGUUUUUGCGUCUGUUUGCGCGUGGUUUAAAUAUUGCAAUUUUUGGUCUCUGUAUUGCACUUUUGCAUUUCUUAACUUUUAUUAUUAGCGUGCUUCCUAAUUUUGAUGUGUGUUUUGAUAUCAUUCUGUUACAGACAUUAAAGAGUGUAAAAGCAACCCUUGUCUCAACGACGGAACUUGCACUGACUUAGUCAACAGAUUCAAAUGCAGUUGUCCGCUUGAAUUUUUUGGGAAACGAUGUGAAACAAAAUCGAAAAAUGGAGGUGAGAAUCAUAAUUAUGGAUCAUGUAUGAUGUGUACCACAAACGAAUCAGCAAGUUGUACUUUGACAGGUUGCCAUCUAUAAAUUCAAGUAGUCCUUUUUUUUUUUAAAGGUGUUUCGAUACAGUUUUUCAGCGGCCAGGAAACUGAUAUUAUUUUUUCCAUAGCUUUAAAAGUGAUUUUAUAGGUAUAUGAUCGCUAUAAAAUUUUCGCCAGCGAUUGACUAUAGAUUGAAAUUUGUCAAAAUGUAGGUUUUAGUAAAAUCGAUAUUACUAUGACAACAAUAAACAAAAAACUUUGAAAUAAAUGAAAGCUGAAUUCUGCGCGAUCUAAACUGGCUACUGAAAAUCCAAUACUAGGAACUUAAAGUUUGGUGUUUAGCAAAUAAACUCCGUUAGAAAUAAAAUGUGAUUUUCAAUAGCCGUCAUAGAUUAUUUAAUAAAAAUGUUACAAAUGACUCAAAUUAUUCUUAAGUAUCAUCAGAAUGCUGCUUAAUAUCAAAUUUCGUUGCUAGGAAAUUUGGGUGUAUUUUCUUUCUUGCGAUCUUGGAAACUAACCCGUUUUUUCACCACCUGUCUAAGUGCAACUUCGUUCAAAAUCUGGACUUUUAGCAGAGUUUUGUGUAUCUCUGAAACGGCUCAAACGAAUUUUGUUUUUUAAAUCUCUUCAAAUAAUCUUCAUAAUGUAUAUAAUGUAUAUACCUUCAACCAAUUUUCAAAAAAAAGAAAAAAAACUGGUGUUCUUAUUGUUUUGUGUCCAAACCUUGUUUUCGCGAUUUUCAGUUCGCACCCUGAUUGGCCGGUUACCCUUCUGUCAAACUUCUCCAAUGUUAUAUUCAAGUGUAUCUUCCUAAAAUUAAAUCUCUUUCCUUAAAGAGGGUCUAGUUUGAUUUCAUUUGUAUUUCCAAUGAUUUCCAGAGUGAGUCAGAAUUUCAAACUGUUUUCUUGUUUGACUAAAUGUCCACCUGAGAGUGUCUGCCGUCAGUUUUGCAAUAUGUCCAUGCACUUGCAACGUCAAUUGCAUUCAUUUUUCUGGGUUGUAGAUUCUUCUGCAGGCUAGUGCUUAUCUAAAAAGGGUUUACUACAAAAUCAUGUACCUCUCGUCCUCCUUUUGAGUUGGCUUGAUGGACGUUCCUUUGUCGCCUGCACAUACUUUCGAGGAAAGUUAUCCCUAAAAAAAUUGCGACACGUCUUCCCGCAAGUUUCGUGCACGGGGAUAGCUGGAUAUAAAAUGUCCCCAACAAAUUUACACGACUGUGAAAAAAAAAAUUAGUUGCAUUAUUAUAUGGCUGAGUCUGUUUUCGCCAUGCGAUUGGUCAAUUUGCGGUACGUAACUUGCUAUACGGACCAAAAUUUUUAAAGAAAAUGCUCAUUUCGGAGGUCUAAAUCUCUUUACCUGGGAAAAAAUGUUUAAAUAAAGUUAUAAAACGCCUGUCAACCUUGAGGACUUGGAUGUUGACUUUGGCCUUCAACAUUUUAACUGUGUUUAUUUGUGAACGAAGGCGAUGAAGAAACUAACUCGUAAUCUUAUCGAACAGGAUUCUAGUCAGUGUUUGAAAAUUUUAUCGUAGUACACAGUUAAGAAGACGAAAAUCGACAGGCAGAGAUUCGAGAUGUUUUGCCUAAGAGAAAAUGAGUAAUUCCUUCAACAAAUAUGAUAACAAACAUACCUCCACCCGAUCAUCUUGACAAGCAUCUUUGCCAUUUGCAGUGUUUUUUAAAAGACCAACGAAAGAAAGAUAGAAGCGAGUUCGAGCCAGACACAAUUAUGUCCAGUUUUCAAAAGACUCCAGCGCCACAUUAACGAGUGAAUACUUACAGUGCUCUGAGUUUCCACCGAAUAAACUUUGAAAUAAGUAUGUGAACUCUGAGGACUGGGAUGUUGACUUUGCCUUUCCAAAUUUUAACCUGGCUCUGUUUUAAUGAGAACGAAGCUGGUGUAGAAACUGACUCGUAACCUUACCGAGGAAGAGAAUUCUCGUUGGUGUUUAAAAAUUUUAACGCAGAUCACACUUGAAGACGAGAAUGAACUGGCAGAAAGAGAGGUUUUCCCAAAAACAAUUAACGAGCGAAUCCUUCGACAAUGACAACAAACUUACCUUGAAAAGUUUCUUUGCCUUUUGCAGUGUUUUUUUCAAAAGGACAAACGGAGGAAAGAUGGAAACGACUUCUAGACAGACACAACGUCCGUCCGGUUUCCAAAAUACUCCAGCGUUACAUUAAAGAGCUAAAACUUACAGUGCUCUUAGUUUUGACCGAAUAAACUUUUUUAACAUGGCAAAUUCGUUUUUACUUUCUCGGAAAGCCUUUAUUAUGUGCUAUUGUUUUCGUGCGCCAAUAAAAACUUUCUUUUUUGACGCCUGUCAAAUGACUGCCAAAUCGUGCGUCCUGCACUUGUUUCCGGUCCCCCAAACAGGAAGAAGCCAUAUAAUAAACAUCUUAUUAGCCUCGUUUUUUCGGUCCGUACUGUAAAUUACGGAUCCUCGUUUUUUUCCAUCGAUUUAUGCAUGGCCCCAAGCGCGAAUAAAUCGAUUGGAAAAAAACUCGGUCCGUAAUUUACCGUACGGACCGAAAACUCGGCUAAUAAGAGGUAUUUUUUCUCUUUCACCAUUAGAUGUUAUCUCAACUGUGGUAACACAGUUUCUUUCGCCUGCGAUUGGGAAUGACAGCAACUGGGCCCUGUGUUGGCAGACCUCCACUCAUGGCUGGGCUGUCAGUACCUUCCACAGCAGAUGUGAUGGGAAAAACCAUACGAUUACGGUCAUCAGAAAAGACCAGUACGUGUUCGGAGGAUACACUGAUAUUCCUUGGUGUAAGUGACUUUUUCUCCGGGGGCGGGGCAAUAAAAGGGACGGAGUCCGCAAAAUUAAUAUUAAACCCCUAAAGAAACCAAUCUGGAGUGGCUUAGGCUAUAUUUGACAAAUAAUAAAACAAGUAACCAAUUCCAGAACCAAUCAAGAGCUUUAAUGAUCAUGAAAUUGCCUUGUGCGAAAUAUAUCAAAAUUGAAUGCAGUAUUCGACACAAAAAGGCGGCCAGUAAGCUGCAACAACAACAACAACAAAAACACUGACUAGAACCGUACAGUACGUACGUGAAUACAGUCACUUUAGCUACGAUCACUUUAAGACCCUUCUAAAAACAGUUAAAUAUAGUUUAAUGUCCAAGUCACGACAUUUGAAAUAAAUAUGAACUUCGUUGACUUGUGUAUUGAAAUGGUUUUGUCAGUAGACAUCUGGAGCUUGUAUGUUUUGGUUUGUUGAAUUAAAGUUAAAUUCAAUUGGGACCUUCACUGGGAAAAACAUAGCCUCCCACGCAGACGUUCUUAGGGGUUCGCCACGCGUUCCUGCCCCACACAAACCUCUAAGAACGUCUGCGUGGGAGGCUAGGAAAAACAUAAAACUUAAAGUGGUCUUUUAAGUGUCAGUUACGUACCAGUAAUACCUACAGGGGUUGCUGUUGCAAUAACCUUUUCUUUUAAGUAUUCUGUUUAACCAUUAUAUAGCGGAUGAAAGACUGGUAAGCCCAUAGCUAUAUCAAGUGAGUGAGUUGUUUGGCACAGUUAAGAAGCUCCUGCAGUAAAGGAAUUCCUUCUUUGUGGAUCUUGAACAGCCCUAAAAUUUGUGGGGGUGGGGAGAGAAGAGCCUGCUGUGUUAAGGAUAUCAAGGGGACCCAUCCACCCGCCCACUUUUAGGCGUGGUUCUCGGACGUUAGUAAAGAUUUUAACGUUUAUUCCACUCUUUGCAUUUUUCUUUAUGAAGUUUUAAUGAGUUAUCGGUUAAUAGUUAACAACGGGGCUUUAGAAAAAAGAAGGAAUCUUCUGGUACUGUUACUAGGUGCAGUAACGAUACCAGAAACAAUUACGGGACGCAUUGCGGCUCCAGUUCCCUUCUCGUUUCUAAAGUGGCGAAUUUAAGUUUGCUAAGAAAAUCCUUUCACGGCGGGUUUACAUCGUCUACGUAUAACUGCUCCAUUUCCGUGGCUCAUAAUAUCCAGAGGAGAUAGUCGGUGGUAAUUAACAAGCUUUCGGACCAUGUUUACCUGCACAGUCAACAAACAAUACGUACAGCUAAACCGCACAUAAAACGAUAUAGGAGGUGGUUCAAGGGGCAGUUCCGGGAAGGGGAUAAUAUCUUAUAUGACCUGUACGGGGAUGUGCCGCUGGACAGGGUAUGAUUUUCAUCGUCUCUGUCCUAAACAGGGCAAACAAUUUCUGGAAUGCUGGGAACGGUCGAGGUGUAAGGACGUGUACUUCGGUGCUCCGCCUUUUGGCGUGUUAUUCUUUGCAAUUCGAUGCCUCCAAAAGGAAAGAUCGACCCAAAUCUUUUCCUCGGACGCCUUUUCGCCCGAGUAAAAAAAUAAAGAAGUUUUAUGAUUUAAAGCUCAAGGGUAAUGGUGGUUACUAAGGGAACUAGAAAGUAGGAGUAAUCGCUUUGCAUCUUCAAAAAUGUGUUUAUGGCGGAGCUCCGACCAAAUAGUCGUCCGGAUCGUACAAACAAUUAGACGCACUACCUAAAGGUCUUAGUUCGCACCAGCUUAUAACUUUCCAUUCCUAGUGAAAGAGCCCGUGUAUGCUAGUAGUGUAUUGUUUAUGCUCUCUCUGUAGUAGUAUAAUGUCCGUUUGUAGAAUCGAAGUCGCAGCAAUAGGUUUUUUUCUUUUUUUUUUUUCUCUUUUAUCGUGUGUGCCGUCUGUAUAGUUUUCGUUAGUUACAUCCUUGCUUGGCUUUAUAGAUAUUCGUUACGGUGGAUGGUUUUUCAAUGCAGAAUAAUAAUAAUUGGUUUUCACCAUUAUAAUUCUUAAAUGUAUGUUCAUUGAAUGUUAGAGGCUUAUCAUGGCAAGCUAAACGAAGAGAAAUGUUUAAUUGGCUCAGGGAGAAAAAUUUCCAUGUUUUUUUUUUUAUUUUUACAAGAGGUGCACUGUACGAAGGAAACCUGUGAUUUAUGGCAAAAUGAAUUGGGUUAUAAAGCUUUAUUUAGCUGUGAAAAUAGUCGAAGGGCGGGUGUGGCCAUUCUGUUUAAAAAUAAUUUCGAUUUCGUUUUAAACAAGGAUUACGCAGACCCAGGUGGUCGUUUUAUCAUUCUAGACAUUAAGACCACAGACUUAUGUUUUACGCUUGUUAAUCUUUACGCUCCAAAUAAGGAUGACCCCCUUUUCUUCCAAAAUGUUAAAAACCGAAUACUCGAAUUUGAUUGCGAUAACAUCAUCUUUGGUGGACAUUUUAACUUGAUUAAAAAUGCUAAAUUGGACAAGGAAGGUGGCAUUCUCGGCACCUCGCAAACGAAAGCGCUCACCGAAGUAGAAAAAAUUCAAAUUAACCUUGACCUAAGCGAUAUCUGGCGUGACCAAAUCCCCUUGACAAGAGAUUUACAUGGAGAAGGCGUAAUCCAUCUAUAUCCUGCCGACUUGACUUUUUUCUUUUAAGUCGUCAUCUCCAUGGUAAAGUGGCUAAGUCUGAUAUCGUAGCUGGUUACAAAACCGACCACUCUAUGAUAAGCCUCAGCUUGGGUCUUACCGAAAACAUCAGAGGCCAUGGGCUAUGGAAACUUAACUCCUCUUUCCUGAUAGACGAAGAAUAUUUAAAAUGCAUCAAGAAGGUCAUCCUUAAAACAUGUGACGACUACAAAGACGACAAGGAUGUGGAUGAUGCCUUGUUGUGGGAGAUGAUUAAACUUAAGGUUAGAGAGUUCACCAAUUUUUCACGGAAAAGAAAAAGCUAAGUCCAAGCGAACGGACGAAACCAAACAAUACUAUACGAUCACCUAGCUAGAGAAAAAAAAUUGAUGGCACUAUGUCCCCCAUUUUAAAAGGGGAAUUGGAGCAAAAACUGAUUGAGGCAAAAUAGACCUUGGAAAAAAUGUACGAAUAUAAAACCCAGGGAACUAUCUUACGGUCCAAAACCCGCUGGUAUAAUGAAGGUGAAAAAAAUUCAAAAUACUUUUUCAACUUAGAAAACGUCACUUCAAGUGCAAAGUUAUAACUCAUCUUUGUCGAGCUGACAACACAACUUUAACAUCCGAUAAUGAUAUUCUCCAAGAAUGUGUUGACUUUUAUAGUAAACUAUACAGCAGCAGAUCAAUACACAAUGAAAGCGAUAAUCUCCGGUUUUUCACCGCAGAUGACAAUUUUGUGCGGCUCGACGAGGAUUCCAAAGCAUCCUGUGAAGGUCUUUUAAAUGUGAAUGAAUGUCUAAAUGCUCUCAAGACGAUGGAAGCAAACAAGUCGCCAGGCUCAGAUGGGUUUCCAGCAGAAUUUUAUAAGGUUUUAUGGAGUGACAUUGCCCCCUUUUUAGUGAAUGCUAUUAACUGCUCUUUUCAAAAAGGGCUACUAUCGGUGAUGCAGCGACAAGGUAUUAUUUCUCUUUUACCAAAGAAGGACAAAAAACCCUCUUUUUCUAAAAAAUUGGAGGCCAAUUUCUCUUCUAAACUGCGAUUAUAAAAGCGAUAGGUAAUCGAAUAAAGCGGGUUCUUCCUAAAAUUAUCAAUGGUGAUCAAAGUGGCUUCUUGAAGGGACGCUCUAUUGCAGAAAAUAUUUUUCUAAUUGACAGUAUUAUAAAUUACGCAGGUAAUAUGAAUAAACCUGGUUUAUUGAUGUUCAUUGACUUUGAGAAGGCAUUUGACUCGAUAGAGUGAGCUUUUAUAGAAAGAGCCCUUAACUAUUUCAAUUUUGGGCCCUCUCUAGUAAACUGGUUCGGAUUAUUUUAUAAUCAGGUCUCCAUUGCUAUCCAGAACAAUGGAUGGGUUUCGUAGAGCUUUUCUUUAGGUAGAGGGUUCAGGCAAGGUUGCCCGAUGUCGCCAUAUCUAUUUAUAAUAUCGGCCGAGAUAUUAGCCAACUUCAUUAGGAGAGAUAAAGACGUAAAAGGUUUUAUGACGGGUGAAGUCGAACACAAGCUAAGCCAAUUUGCUGAUGACACGACGUUGAUACUCGAUGGCUCAGAGGGCUCCUUUCGUAGAGCAAUCGAGGUUCUAGAUGGGUUUCAAGUGACUUCUGGCCUUAAGGUAAAUUCUGAGAAAACCAAAAGUGCUCUGGGUGGGUUCGGCAAAAAACAGAGGCCCUAUAGAGUGCUACAAGCCUGAUAUCUCCUGGGUGGAGCGGAAAGUCUUUGCAUUAGGUGUACGUGUGGUUCGCAACGGACAGAAACGUAAUGCUCCGCUCUAACUACGAUGAGAGGAUUGGGAAAAUAAAAAACGUUAUUGAAACAUGGCAAUUUAGGAGACUCACCUUAUUGGGAAAAAUCACUCUUAUCAAAACAGGGGCACCCAACGUCAAUUUUCGGAAAAUAUCUGUUCGGAAGAUGAUUUGAGAUCUAGAGUUUUCGGAACAUUUUUUGUCAAAUUUCUUGCUUUUGCCUGCCUCUCCUAGGAUUUUGAAACAUCUAAAACAUGGUAUAAUUGUCCAUUUUUAACGGAUUUUUACCCUAAAAAGGUCACCUAGAAUUUUCGGGAAACUUUUUUCUAGCUGAAAUUUUCGAAAAGGUAUGUUUCGAUCCCCAUAAUUUUCGAAUCACUAGACUUUCAGCUAGGAAAUCCGAACAGAUAAAAAAUUUUUAGGGGAUAAAAAUAUCCCUAUAUCUAUCGUUUAAAUACUAAAAUACGUUUAACAAUGCUAUGUUUAAGUGGUUUUGAACUAUAUUCUCGCUGGGUGCCCCUGUCAAAAGUCGUCUGGUCUCCCUACUCAUUUAUAUUGACUCCGCUCCCUACUUAUGCAAACGCACUGCAAACGGUCAACAAACUUCUUUUUGAGUUCCUUUGGGACGGUAAAGGCGACAAGAUUAAAAGAGAGCAUAUUAUAAGGGAUUAUGAGCAGGGUGGUUUGAGGAUGAUUGAUAUACAUACGUUCAAUAAGUCUCUCAAAGCAUCCUGGAUCAAGAAGUACUGCACUAACCGAUUUGCAUCUGACGGGAAGUCCUCUCUAAAUUUGCACCCUCUACCGCCAUUGAUCUCGUUCUUCUUAUUGGGAGUUAUCUUAUAUACUCGAGCAAACUUGCAGGUACGUCUCCCUCCAUGACUCUUUUUAACAGCAAACUAAAUUCCGUCAUUGAGAUAGAAAAACAAGAAGCACUCCGCUGUAAUUCUUUCACCGUCUUUUCGAACAAAUGGAAAUUUUUUCUUAUUUAAAUUUGUUGCUUGCACUUGUUACCCUCUAGCUAAUCGCUUUGACUUAGACAUGUGUCCUGCAAAGCUGAGCCAUCCACCGUCCACCGUUCACCGUCCUUUCCUUUUAUUGUAAGUAACUAAGCGAAUUCAAGCAUAAAUGUAACCUCAGCUAUUUUUAUGUUUGUUUCGUCAAGUUGUAAUAUGUAUACGUUUUGUGUGAUGUAAAUUUAGCUUAAAUAAUAAAUUAAAUAAAAAACUGGAAAAAAAAAAAACAAUUUCGCCAAGUCUUUCCUAAACACUUUACAUGUCAAAUUUCAAAAUUAAAACAGUAACCUGAUUCUUACGGCAGGAAGAGUGAUAGAAAAAAUAAAGAAAGAAAGCAAAAAUAAAGUGGUGAAUUAUAUUUGUACAUGCAGUUUGUCCUAAACAGGGUAUGUAUUUUAAGUUGUUGUUGUUGUUGUUGUUGUCCCAUAAACAGGGUCAGGGCCUCAAACCCUCAGCGGCUCACCUCUACCCAGAUAUUGGACGAGUAACCCCCCUUCCCCCAAAGGGGGAAUGUUAAAAUGUCAGGUAGUUGAAAGCCGAAAUUAUAAUUCAGGUUUUUCUGUCUUGUUUUUCAGCGUCUAUGAAUAAUUUUGCUGCUACUUCCAAGUCGUUUAUUUUCUCCCUGGUGGACAAGGAAGGACUUGCACCAUUCAAAGCAUGGUAA